UGGAUUGUAUAAGCAGAUGUGAUGUUGUUGAAGCCAACUGAGAAAAAGAAAUAUUGUCCGCAUGCGGAAAGUGGAUUAUGUAUUCGGUUUAUAGUGUGGGGAAGUUUCCAGAGUACUCUUUUUACUUCUUGUUCUCUUUGCUUCCUUUCCCCUUUAUUUUUUAACAAGUGUAUAUACACCUCCUCAAACCUCCUUACCCUUUUCUUACCAUGCCACACUCUGAAACCCAUGGUUGUACAUUAAACUCAGUCGAUCCUGCCCUGGCAACCACGGAUCGUUACAAUGUCAAACAUAUUGAGCAAACUGUAUACAAUCUAGCUGAGUCAGACGAUAUCCUGGCAAAACCUGUAACAGAAGCUCUGCAAGUCAUUGAAGAAGCAUACAAAGAAUACGGGCUUGAAGCGACGUCUUUAUCAUUUAAUGGUGGCAAAGAUUGCACUGUUCUCCUCCAUCUCGUUGUCGCAGCAUUAAGUCGUCUUGGUCACUCAACAGCUGUCAUUCGCACGGUUUAUGUCACUUGUCAGAACCCUUUCCCACACGUGGAUGAAUUUGUAAAAGUAUGCUCAGCGCGGUAUCGACUGGACACCGUUUCGGUUCCGGGACCUAUGCGUGAAGGAUUGGAAAAGUUUUUGAAUUGUACGCAACCGAAACCCAAGGCGAUCUUUGUUGGUAUUCGACGAAACGAUCCUUAUGCUGAAAAUUUGACGCAUUUUGACUUGACAGAUAAGGGCUGGCCCGAGUUUAUGCGUGUACACCCAAUUGUGGAUUGGACAUAUAAGAACAUCUGGGAUUUCUUGAUUCGGUUACGGAUACCGUAUUGCUCGCUUUAUGAUGAUGGAUACACGUCGUUGGGAAGCAUGGAAAAUACACAUCCAAAUCCAGAUUUGGCUCGUGACUCUGGCGGAUAUCUUCCUGCAUACAUGUUAGAGAACGAAUUGCACGAACGAUGUGGUCGAUCAUCCAAUAGAACUGUAUAGACAUCUUUUAUUCAAAUAGCAGCAGCAGCAGCAGCAGCAGUAGAUACCAUUUAGAUUGCCUUUCCUCCUUCUAGUCCUCUCCCCUCACACCCUCUUAUCCAAACCAUCAGCCCUGCUCCUUUUCUUCAUGACAUUUGUUACAGAAUAGAUGGACGAAUUGGCUCAUUUGUAAUAACCGUACUGGAAAACCCCAACGAAAAAAU